CAGGGACAGAGAAGCUUGUGCUCACGUUGCUUCUGUCAGCUGCUUUUACUUAUUCAAAGACGGUCUAUAGUUGUUCGCGUCCUCCUCAGCAGGCUGAUAGAGAUGUCCGCUCCUCCUGCAGACGAUGUUGUCAAACAGUGGGAGAGCGAGCAGGCUCAUCUCAGGCAGCAGGUGGUGGAGGAGGACACUGAGGACUGGCAGACGAAUCCAGACUUCUCAGGCCUGGAGAGAGUCGGAGGAGUGGACCUCUCCUUCAUCAAAGGGGAUGACGUGAACGCCUGUGCCCAGCUCGUGGUCCUCAGCUACCCUGACCUGGAGCUGCUGUAUGGGGACAGUCAGAUGGUGAUCCUGACGGCCCCCUACAUUGCUGGCUUCCUGGCAUUCAGAGAGACCCCAUUCCUCCUCGAGGCUCUGCAGCGGCUGGAGAGGAACCAGCCCGAACUUCUGCCUCAGGUGGUGUUUGUGGAUGGAAAUGGUCUCUUCCACUACAGAGAGUUUGGCCUUGCAUGUCACCUGGGAGUGCUGUCAGGGCUGCCAUGUGUCGGUGUGGCCAAGAACCUGCUACAAGUGCAGGGUGUCUACAAGAGUGAGGAGCACCAGUCACAGAUAGCUGCUCUGCAGAAGGGAGGAGACAGCUUCCCACUCACAGCCGCCUCAGGCAAAGUGCUUGGAAAGGCAUUGCGAAGCUCCGACAAGAGCUCUAAGCCGGUGUAUGUGUCUGUUGGCCACAAGAUCAGUGUGGACACAGCUGUACGCCUAACACAUUCCUGCUGCCGCUACCGGGUUCCAGAGCCCAUCAGACAGGCUGACUGCCGCUCAAGGGAAUACCUUCGCACACACUUCCCAGCUGCAGAUACAUGAAACAAGGAAUGGGGUUGCAAAUGCAGUGAAGGAUCUCAAAAACUCUGAAGACAAGCAAUACAGAAGGCCACUAAGAAGUCCAUCCCAUGUGUGUGUGUGGGUGUGGGUGUGUGUGUGUGUGUGUGUGUGUGUGUGUGUGUGUGUGUGUGUGUGUGUGUGUUUUCCAGUACGAGAGAGUGAGUGCUUGUUGUAACUUUCAUGUGCUUUUAAAAGUGCAGCUGUUUUAGUCCUUGCCAAGACAACGUCAGAUUAACUGUAUCUUUUUAUGCACUGGCCCUAUAUUUAAAGUGGAUAUGGGUCAGACUGGCUCUUUUUAUACACUGUUCUCAUUACAUUUUUGGGUCACUCAGCUUUUUACACUGCGAGCCUUGUAAAUAAAUCAUAAAAGU